ACUCAAUUUUUACGGUCAUUUUUCUUUUCUUUUUUCCUCUUUUAUUUUUCUCAUCGCCUUCAUCUGUUCCUUCCACAGACGAGAAACCAUGAAAGACUUGGAGAAACGCUGAAGAUCAUGCAAGCCAUUAACUCGAAGGAAUCUUCCAAAACUAAAUAAUGGAGGACAAGCUCCCUGAUCGCCAUCGAAGUCCGAGACUAAUAGCGCGACUUCAGGAAUUGAGUACAACAGAAGAUGUUGAAGAAAGGCAAUGUUAUAGACAACUUGAUGCACACCAAACAGAUUCUCAGCUACAGCUGCGCCGAAUUUCGGUUAAAGCAAAGCAUAAUUUAAUGACCGAAAAUGAAAGGGAAGCACAUCUAGAAAGAUGUAGGAAUGCUUAUCGUAUGCAGAGAAUAAGAGCUGUUGAAAACAGAAAUCAGCAAGCCGGAACAAGUUGUAGUUCCAUAUCUAUCGCCAGCACAGUGCGAGGACUUUUGACGAAUACACCAGUUGAGGAUCAAAAGAUGUUUCAGAAUAUUACCUGUAAUACAACCACCUCAAAGCAUGAAAUUUACCAGGUUCCAGAUUGGAUGGAAUAAAAAAUACACUGCUUCCUAAAUGUUGCAUAUGCGAGAAUGUCUUAUUUGUCUAAAUUGAAGAGAUUAUGCAAAGAAAAUCUGCUUCGCAGAUCUCAAUGUUUAUCAUCAGUUUAAAAAGUCUGUUUUGCAUCAAAUAGAAGAUAUGCAAGAACAUCUGCUUAGUCAAGCUGAACAAAGUUGUGAACUUUUAGUACGAAUAGCUGCGAUGGUGUUAUGUGGCAAUUUUGACUGUUGAGGAGGCUCAAACAGCAGGUGCAUGGAGUCUGCGUUUUAUUCUAAAUUGGUGAUGAGAAUGAACCUUGCUUGAGUAUGGAAGUUUUUUUUCGUCUUUGAGAAAUGUAGUGUCAAAUGCAUAUGAAAACACAUUUUGUGUAAAUGGAUUUUAUUGAAUGAAGAGUUUGAUUUUUUUUUA